UUGAGUUCAGUCGACCAGCGGCCGCCGUGGACAAAGCAACGUAACGCCAGCAGUCGCAGCGCAGCGCACGGAUAUAUAGCUACAGCUAACUAGCAGAUACUAAACUACACACACCUCACCACAUAGCCACCACACGCGGCAUAUAUCUCUAUACAUAUUUGAGAAUCGGAGGCGCGCGAGGGCGUCACACGCGUUCAUAUACAUCAGAUAUAGAUAUAUAGAUCGAUAGAUAUAGAGCGAACAUAUAGAAAGCGGUGCUUAUUUUUCUCAUCUUAUUUUAUUGUGACAAAAACCGCGACAAGUGUUUAAAAAUAGUUGUUGUGCGCCCUGCUAAUAAAGUAAACUUGCCCGCCAAACUGAAACUGACACUGAAACUGAAACUGAAACUAAGCCAAGCUAAACUAUAAACAGCAACAAUAUGGUCGAGACCGUUGUCAAUAUCGAGCGCACAACAACAACAACGACGAACGGACCGCCAGGUGGGGCGAACCCGGCCGUUGGCAGCGAUGGCGGCUUCUGGAGCGCCAUUCGCCUCAACAUCGACUAUUUCCGCACCAUACCGGGCAUCAUAAAAAUUGUGGAGUUUGUGCUGGGCAUCAUCUGCAUGGCCCUGGCAGCUCCUCCACUGGCCUCGGCCACCUCCUUCUUCAUGUUCGUGAUCGUCAUCUCGUUCAUCAUCAACAUUCUACUGAUCGCCGCCUAUUUCCUGGGCAUUCGCGAGGCUCUCAACGUGGCCGUCAACUGGAUAUUCUCGGAGCUGAUCACCACCGCUGUGCUGACGCUGCUGUACUUCAUCGGAUUCAUUGUCCAGCUGGCCAGAUGGUCGGAUGCCACGGGCAUGGGUUCCGGCUCGAAUACCGCCGCCGGUGUCUUUGGACUCUUCAAUUUCCUGGCCUAUGCGGCGGGCACGUACUUCCUGUUCCUGGCCCACAGGUCCGGGGCCACCCACUAAGUGCAACCAACUCAGUGACUGGAUCUUAGUCUAGAGUUAUUUCUAAUUGUUAACAGAAUAAGUGCAGAUCGAGUACUUGUAAUUUUGCCUUUUUUUUUUUGUGUAUUGCCAACGUAUUUUUGUUUUUUGUUGUUAAUUUAUGCGAGAACGACGUAUACAGCAAAUCGACAAUGGAAAGCGACAUGGCUUUCUGUUCUUAAUGUUAUUUUAUUUAAAUGGCUAACUAACGUUUAAGUCUUAAAUCCACCCGCACAAGACCAUAUCUACGACAAAAGAGUAGGGUGGGCAGCCCAUAUAAUACAUUAACUUUUAUCAUUUCAUGACUUAUAUAUAUAUAUAUUAUAUAUUUUUUCGAGACGAAAUAAUAUACGUAAAUGAAUUAAAUUUUUUUGUUUUUCACAUAUAGUUACAUGUAACGACUAGCUUGUUGAGAGGAUAAUUAGAUCCUAGUUAGAUGUGGCCCACCCUAAUCCACACACACAUAUAUAUGCACCAAAAAGCAAAACACGCGAUGAUGAAAACGAACAAAGAUUUGAGUUCAAUAUA